AGACAAGAGUGGAUGUGCUCUUUGCCUGUGCAAAGGAAAAGGAAGAAAAGUCCAAGUCACACUUCACCGGAUAUCUUCUCCCCCGGACGCACUUUUACGCGCAGCUCCAAGAUAUAAGCAAGCUGCAGCAUCCAAUUUAACAUCAUCAGGAUCGUUUUAUUCUGAUGCAUUUUGCAUUAUAGAGGAGCCAUUUGUCUUUCUGCCCUUUAUGCUUGGGUAUUUCCAUCUGCAAAGUCUCCAGAAAGUGAUGCGUUGUGCUAAACUGGGGAGUAUGAUCUCUGCGUAAAGGUCUUUUUCGUUUAUCCAAACUAUAUUCUCCGUCAAAAAUGCAAAUCCUGCUGUACACCGCUGUGCUCCUGUACCUUAAGGAGCGUGCCAGCGCAGAGCCAAAAGCAAAGUGUCCCACGCGCUGCGAUGUGAGUACCUGUCCGAGCCCCAGCUGCCCCAGCGGUUACGUGCCCGACCGAUGCAACUGCUGCCUGGUGUGCGCACAGGCAGAGCUGGAACCGUGCGGCCGCAAGGAAGACCUGCCCUGCGGGGAAGGUCUGGAGUGCAAACAGCCGUCGGGCAAGCGGCUCUCCAAGGGCUUCUGUCGGUGCAAGUUCAGAAACGAAGUGUGUGGCAGCGACGGGAAGACGUACCGUAACGUGUGCCAGCUGAAGGCCACCAGCAGGAAGGCUCUUCAGCAGGGACUGCCGGGCAUCACACAGAUCCAGAAGGGACCGUGUGAGAGCAGCACAGGUCCUCCACAUGUUUCCAGUCCUCGUUACAAGUUCAACUUCAUAGCCGACGUGGUGGAGAAAAUCGCUCCUGCUGUGGUCCACAUCGAAAUGUUCCUCAGGCAUCCUCUCUUUGGUCGGAACAUCCCUCUGUCGAGUGGAUCUGGGUUUUUGAUGGCAGAAAAUGGACUGAUUGUAACCAAUGCACAUGUAGUCUCCAGCACUACACCAGUGUCCGGUCAACAGCACCUCAAGGUCCAGAUGCAAAAUGGGGAUGUAUAUGAAGCCAACAUCAAGGACAUUGACAAAAAGUCAGACAUCGCUACAAUCAAAAUCAAUACACAGACCAAACUGCCUGUAUUGUUACUGGGCCACAGUGCAGACCUGAGGCCCGGGGAGUUUGUCGUUGCAAUCGGCAGCCCCUUUGCCCUCCAGAACACCGUCACCACCGGCAUCGUCAGCACCGCCCAGAGAGACGGCAAAGAACUGGGCCUCAGGGACUCCGACAUGGACUACAUCCAGACGGACGCUAUUAUCAAUUACGGGAAUUCAGGAGGACCCCUUGUCAAUUUGGAUGGGGAGGUGAUCGGCAUCAACACCUUGAAGGUUGCAGCAGGAAUCUCCUUUGCCAUUCCCUCUGACAGGAUCACUCGCUUCCUCAAUGAUUCUUUAGAUAAGCACAGCAAAGAUGUGAGGUCAGUAAAGAAGCGGUUCAUUGGGAUCAGGAUGCUGACCAUCACACAAGCGUUAAUCGAAGAGCUGAAACUGCAGAACCCAGACUUCCCUAAUGUCACCAGUGGGAUUUAUGUCCAUGAGGUGGUUCCUCACUCACCUGCAGAGAAAGGUGGUAUCAAAGAUGGUGACAUCAUUGUGAAGCUGAAUGGCAAGCCUCUGAUGGCCACGGCUGACCUGCAGGGGGCACUACAGGAAGAGACGGCGCUGCUGCUGGAGGUCAGGAGGGACAAUGAUGACCUGCUCUUUAACAUCGAGCCUGAUGUAAUCAUGCAGUAGACAACGGAAGCACUGCUCUCAUGCAGAGCUGGAACGACAUGUAAAGCCCUAUUUUUGCGAAUGACACAUUGGAUAGUGGAAGCUCUGCAACACUGCAGCUGGACUUCUGUCAAGCAAAUACAUCUUUGAAUACUAGCUGUGGGCUGUACCAAAUAAAAGGAUCCCAUGGACGAUAUGGUGCAAUGCUGUUUUGGUAUCAAGGAUAUACAACUGUGCCUUCCACAUGUUUAAACCAGGUCAACAGUGCAACAGGUGCACAUAUACCGAUCCCAUGUAAUGUAUGUUUUGUUUCACUUUGAUCUCCAGUAAACACCUUUGCUUUACAAGUACCUCAAAGUAUGUUGUUACGAGGCCUCGACGUAUGGUGCACAUCACAAAAAAGCAAAGUUGAUGAAUGUACUGUUGAAUUGAUACGUUUCAUUAGAUUAUGAUGAUGAUGGAAUUGCUCGCAAUGAUGAUGAUAGCAUUUUCUCACCAUAAGCAUUAUCCAAGUGUCACAAAGCUCAGAUCAAAUCCAACAAAGGUUCAGCCUGCACUUGACCCUUAUGUCCUGGUGUUGCCAGCACUUUUAUCCCUUAUAGUUUUAGCGUUCUAUUAGAUCAUAUUCUUAAAAGCAAACCAAAUUGUCAACAUACUGUUUGUGUCUUGUACAGUGGACUACACUGUGCAACGUUUUUCAUAAAAUAAGGAUUAGGCCUGACAACAUAAGCCAGUGUGGUCCACAGCAAAUAUGAUGGUCAGUCGUUCCUGACCUAAACUAAUGAGUGUUAUGUUAAUAGUUUUUAUGACUUGUACUGUGUGUUAGUUGCGUGACGUAUGGACACAUUCUGGAGUGUUGCUGAAGGAUAUUACCUAACGAUUUGAGUCUGUAAAACCUGAAUUUGAAGCUUACAACUUUCGGCAUGAAAAUGGUUCUAUUAACAAUAAUGAAUAUAGGUCAGUCAGCUUUUUCCAAAACUUCUGACAGCCUUUUAAAAGCCUGUAGAGCCUCUAGAAUAAACACAACGGGGUCAAAAUUCAAAGACUGAACGUCUAAUUGGCCAAUCGUAAACGUAAUGCUUUUAUCAUGUGGGCAUUUGCCAAAUUACCAUUGUAUAAUUGUAUUUUUAAGCAUCAUAAUGAGCUUCCAGUGUAUGUUUUGAGAUGUUUAGCGUCGUCAUGUUAUAUUAGUUUAUGGUUGGUAUAUUUCUUUAUUGCUGUACGUUGUCCUACCAUAAACAAAUGUGAACCACGUGUGUUUAUUACAUUUACAUGAUGUACUAUGAUGGAAUGAAGAGCACAAAAGGUGAGCCUAUUUUUUUUUACCAUGGCCUCACUACUGCUUCUGCUCUGGUUCCUAACUGUUUGUGCUUUUAUCCUAUCGACAAAAAACAAAUGUUUACAUGUAAGUUGCCAACAAAGCAAUCCUCUGAAACAGCCUUUGGAAGCAGCUUUUUCCACCAAAUAAAGUUUGCACACAA